AUGGCUUACGGAGUUGGAGUCGCGCUGUCGAAUUCUGUUUGUUCUCGUCGCGCAAAAUCAAACGCUACCAUCCUCCCCAUCCAAAAGGCCAUCACAAUCGACGCUCCCCAACCGCACAUGUCGCCUGGCGAGAGCGAAUCGGGUACGUCGAGUUCUAAAGGCCUAGACGAAUCCCGGAUACGGAUCCUGCAGCUCGUAACAGACUUGCCCCUUUUCGCAUUCAUAUUCCGGUCCCAAAGCAGCAGUCAUGUCCACAUGGGAAGAGGAACUGGACAAUCGAUUAUGUAUUACGGAACGCCAAUAAACAUGUAUGCGUUCAUGAAUGCGCUGGGCUUUGGGCUGUGCGUUCAUGCGCUGUAUGCGUUCAUGAAUGCAGCAGCUUUCAGCAUGCAUUUUCUCGACCACUAUCGCGGUCUGCGACGCAAGUCGAGAUUCAAAAAUCCGUUCGAGUUGACAUCAAAUGAACUUGCCGUUUGA